ACACACACACACACACACACACACACCCUCACAGGCACGCGGCGCGCGCUCUCUACUGGACACUGGCUCGCGCUCUCUCUUGUCCUUCUCAAGCCCGCGGACUUUUGCACUCCCAAAAGCAGGUCUUUGAUUGAAUUGGAAACUAGCUUCCAAAUGACACAUUUUCCGAGGUGUGACAAAAGAAGCGGGAGCAAAAGGUGAAUAUGGUCAGUCAAGGAGCCAAAACAACAUGCACAGCCUGCUGCAUGAAGAACAAAGUUGACUGACUCAGACGUUGACUGUCUGAGCCUAAAUGUGUCAGACGAAGCUGUGGACAAUUACCAGAUCUAAAGGCCUUCAUAGCUUCUCAUUUUAGAACACACAGCUGUCAAAAAAGGGGUCAACUGAAACGGUCUGUGCCAACAGCACGUUUGGGAGUAUUUUUCCUCCUUGGUUGUGUUGAGAACUAAGCGAUGGCCAUGGUGAGAGGGGGGUGGGGAGAUCCCAAUGGGGAGACUAAUGGACUUGGUGGCGACAAGGGUUACCUGAGGGGAGAUGAGGACGACGGGUCACCACAAGGAGGCGGCAGCGACAUGGAGGCUGGGGACGAUGAUAAAAGUUGUGUGGUGGACUGUGUGGUCUGUGGUGACAAGUCCAGUGGGAAACACUACGGUGUGUUUACCUGUGAGGGCUGCAAGAGCUUCUUCAAACGGAGCGUCCGGCGAAACCUCAACUAUACCUGCAGAUCGAACCGAGACUGCCAGAUUGACCAACAUCACCGCAACCAGUGUCAAUACUGCCGUUUAAAAAAGUGUUUCCGAGUGGGAAUGCGCAAAGAAGCAGUUCAGCGUGGACGCAUCCCACCUUCGCAUUCGAGCCUCAGCCCAUCCACGACUCCAGUGGGCGGUAAUGCCGGGAGCGGCGUGAGCGAGUUCUACAACGGGCAGCCGGUGUCCGAGCUCAUCUCCCAGCUCUUGCGGGCAGAGCCCUACCCCAACAGCCGCUACAGCCAUCAGUACAGCCAGCAGAUGCAGGGGGGCGGAGGAUCGGCCAUGGGCAUCGACAGCAUCUGUGAGCUAGCUGCGAGACUCCUGUUUAGCACCAUCGAAUGGGCCCGAAACAUUCCUUAUUUCCCUGAGCUGCCUGUAUCUGAGCAGGUGGCCCUUCUGCGGCUCAGCUGGAGUGAACUGUUUAUCCUUAACGCAGCCCAAUCUGCCCUGCCACUGCACAUGGCCCCGCUGCUCGCCGCCGCAGGCUUUCACUCCUCUCCCAUGUCUGCCGAGAGGGUGGUGUCCUUCAUGGACCAGGUGCGCAUCUUCCAGGACCAAGUGGAGAAGCUGACCCGCCUGCAGGUGGAUACAGCAGAGUACAGCUGUCUAAAGGCCAUAGCGCUCUUCUCACCAGAUGCGUGUGGGCUGACAGACCCAGCUCAUGUGGAAAGCCUGCAGGAAAAAGCUCAGGUGGCCCUGACCGAGUACGAGCGCAUGCAGUACCCCGGACAACCCCAGCGCUUUGGACGGCUCCUUCUGCGACUGCCCGCUCUGAGGGCGGUGCCCGCCAGCCUCAUUUCUCAGCUCUUCUUCAUGCGCCUUGUGGGGAAAACGCCUAUUGAGACGCUCAUCCGUGACAUGCAGCUGUCUGGCAGCUCCAUCAGUUGGCCGUAUGCUCCAGGACAAUAAUCAUGAUCAGAUGUGACCACAGAACCAGUCUGGAAGUCUUGGUCUGAAUUUUUUUUCGUUUAAACCACACAUUCACAUCUGAUUUUGACUGUAUUACCUAAUGCAACAGGGUCAACAGUAGUAGUACAGAAUUCAGUAGUACAUUGCAGAUGGUGUGAUUUAUGUUCUGUGAACUGUUUUAUGAUGCCCAGAAGCGUUCUUUAAAAUUACUUGAGAAAUACUGGUUAUCUGCCAGCCAAAGGUAAGAUGUUAGGUACAGUUUAAUCACCAGUUAUUAGUUAUUGCGUGGAAAUUGGUUAAAACCCAAAACCACAAGCUCUGUCAGUUGGGUGUGAACAUAAGUCAUUUUGGACUGUCCCUGGAGGCACCAGGGAAUAAAGUCCCACUCAUUCUCUGUUCUGCCCUGUCCUUGCGUACCAGAAAGCCUGAAGGAGGAGGAAAGAGACACAUUGACAUCCAAAAACCCAAACAAAUCAAACGGAAACAGUCAGAAUUGGGACUUGAGCAUUUGUUUUGCCAGUGAUAACUACUUGGCAUGUAUUGUUUAGCUCUUUUACCCUAUCAAUGCUAAUGCGUUUCUUU